AUGUUGCUACACCUUUUCAUUUAUUGCCUUUUCCAUGGCACUGAAGCACUGCAAGCCGCCGUGCAGUCCCCGGGUCUUCGAGAGUCUUCACCAUUGAAAUCAACGAGAACACAAACAAGAAACAAGCACCUUUUGGACGAAACUACCUUUAGGACCGACAACUGGAAGAGAGCCAAGCAGGACCUCAAGCGAAAAGACUGUUGUGUGGUAUCUAUUGAUAAUCUAGAUCCUCAGCUUAAGCUGCUGCAGCAUGAAAUUGCGGACAAUGGACCUUCUGAUGUGGAUUUGCGAGCCAGAAUACGAACGUCAAUGAUGUCAUCAUCUACGGAAUCAAUGGUCCAUGAGGAUUGCUUGCAAGUGCUGGAGUCAGUGUUGGGUCUCCAACCAAGUGAUUCUCCCAAGAAAUAUGAUAAGACUUCUUGCGCAGUAGCACUGCAAGAUUUAGCGAUUGGCAUGGCCUCCAUGGCCGAAGGAUCGUCGUUUCGAGAUGAAAAAGGAGAGAUUCGAGUCGAUGUCUUUUGCCGCAUCGUCUGCGCUUCCAACUAUCGGGCACGAGACCCUCCCUAUCAUACAGACAAGGCACCCUUUCGAGGAUAUGCCACAUUGCGUGGAGUCGGUACCGAGUACUUGAACCGUCCUUCGAGUCCAUUGGAGUACUUUCAGUUGCGUACCUUUGGCAACGAUGGACUCGAUGCCAGCACCAAGGAGACAGCACUUUGUAGUGCCGAAGAAGGUCAAUUCAUCGUCAUGAAGGGAGACUACUACUACGAUUUCGCGGACACGGAGCUUCGGAAGAAGGAGGCCUCGUCACUCUUGGACAGCCUAUGGGCCAGAUCCAGAGCUUGCGUGCACCGUUCACCACAGGGCAGUGGUCAGCGAAGAGUGAUCAUUUCAUUUGACUUGGACGAUGGAGACGAUGAUCGAGAAUGGUACCAGGCUGGGACCAAACGGGAAUGGCGGAAUGGAUUGACUCAACGAAAAUCAAGAUUGGUGGCUUGA